AUGUGUACAGAGAGGGAGAGGGGCACAGAUAGCUAGCUAGCCUGCUAGCUCGAUAGACUGGCCAUAGAGACGGCUGAAAGCGGUUAUGUAGCAAUUGCAGAAUUUGUUUUCGUGGAGCCUGUACAAGAGGCGGCGAGGAGAAACCGUUUGAAAAAAAUAUAUAUCGCACCGGAGUCACAAUUUCCCAGACGAGAAUGGGGUUUGCGUCCACUAGGCGAAGGUAAAAGUGACCUUUAAUUGUGUUCUCUCAUGGCAAAUUUGAUGAAUUAUCAAGAAAGCAACGCCGCUAUGUUGAUGUUGGAGACACAGCAGCGCGCAAUCGGGACAAAAACAACGGCGGCGACAGCCAACGGCGACACCUCUGCCGGGGAACCCCCCUCGCCUUUAAUUAAAAUCGGCGGCGCUCGGUUCCAUCAACACUUACCGCCCCCCUACCAUCACGCUCUCCUGCCGAAGGAACAACAUCAGCAGCAACACCACUACCAGGCGCAGCAGCAUUUUCUGGAGGACAACGUCCAGGAAACGCCGGUGAGAAAAGCCUCCUCGUCUUGCGUAAACGUGGUACACGAAAACGCCGCCGCCAGUCAUGCACUUGCUGCCUCCACGACCGCUACUACGUUAGCAGCCGCCGCUAGCGGCAGCUCCGAUGGCGUGGAUGACAUACGUAAAUGUGGGUACCUUAGGAAACAGAAACACGGCCAUAAGAGGUUUUUCGUGCUGAGAGGGCCGAGCCAUCUGGGCCCCAGUCGAUUGGAAUACUAUGACAGCGAGAAGAAAUUUCGAAAUAGCCUCCGUGCUGCUGCUACCACCGCUGCUGCUGCUUCUCCCCCCAAGCGGGUAAUUUAUCUCUACCAGUGCUUCACUGUAAACAAAAGGGCGGAUUCUAAGAACAAAUACCUCAUUGCUCUGUACACUAAGGAUGAGUAUUUUGCCAUAGUGGCCGAGAAUGAGCAGGAGCAGGAGGAUUGGUACCUUGCCGUCAGUGACCUGAUGAACGAGGGCAAGAGGAGCCACCUGGACGCAGACGAGGUGGACGACGGCUACGGCACCGUCACUCCGGGCACUGUUUUCAAGGAAGUGUGGCAGGUUAAUGUGAAGCCCAAGGGCCUGGGGCAGACCAAGAACCUGACAGGCGUGUACCGGCUGUGCCUGUCCACCAAGACCAUCCACCUGGUGAAGCUGAACUCGGAGACACCCUGUGUGAACCUGCAGCUGAUGAACAUCCGGCGCUGCGGCCACUCGGAGAGCUUCUUCUUCAUCGAGGUGGGCCGCUCCUCCUCCAUCGGGCCCGGCGAGAUCUGGAUGCAGGUGGACGACUCGGUGGUGGCGCAGAACAUGCACGAGACCAUCCUGGAGACCAUGAAGGCGCUGAAGGCCUUCGCCGAGUUCCGGCCGCGGAGCAAGAGCCAGUCAUCGGGCUCCAACCCCAUGCCGUUCAUCACCACGCGCCGUCAUCUGGGCAACCUGCCGCCCAGCCAGACGGGGCUGCAGCGGCGCUCGCGCACCGAGAGCGUGGCGGGAACCCCGCCUGCCAGCAAGGGUGGUGCCGCCAGUGGCUACCGCUUCCGCACCUCCAGCGAGGGCGAGGGCACCAUGAACCGGCCCUUCCGCUCAGUAACGGGCAGCCUGGUCCACCUGAGCGCUGCCCGCGUCAACCUGGGCCGGCAGGAGGGGGCGGGCGGCCGCUACGUGCGGGCCCUGCCGGGCUCCGCCUACCACACGCGCUCCGCCUCGCUGCCCGUGUCGCACUUCCCCUCCACCACCAGCCCCGUCAGCGUGUCCAGCAGCAGCGGCCACGGCUCGGCCUCCGACACGCUCACGCGGCCCUCCAGCGCCUCCAUCUGCGGCUCGCCCAGUGACGGCGGCUUCAACUCCUCCGACGAGUACGGCUCCAGCCCCGGUGACUUCCGCUACUUCCGUGUACGGAGCAACACCCCUGACUCGCUGGGCAACACGCCGCCCAUCCGCGAGGAGCACUGCCUGAGCGACUACAUGGCCAUGGGCCGGCACCGCGAGGUGGCGGGCGGUGCCGACGCCCCGCACGACGACGGCGCCGACGACGAGAAGGCCCUCCGCAAGCGGACGCACUCCUUCUCCAGGCCGACGGGCGGCAGCAAUGGCGUCGCCAUGUACCAGAAGAUGACCCAGACCACCUCCUCGCUGGACGAGUCCGUGGCAGAGGCCGGCCCUCUGGGGAGCAACGGACACCUUGCCUGCCAGGCCGAGGCCCCUUCAAUCUACGCCGAGCAGCGCGGGGACGCCUCCAAGGACGACGGCUACAUGCCCAUGAUGCCCGGUGUGGUGCCGUCCCGCGACGGAGACUAUAUGCCUAUGCAACCCAGCACGCACCUCUCCACAUCCCGGCACGAGCAGACGGCCGCCCCACUCUCCCCACCGCAGGUGGACGCCCAGGGCUACAUGAUGAUGCUCCCUGGUGGGGGCUCCUCCCCCCUGCAGGCCACACCCCGCCCCGGCGCCGACCACCGGGAAAAUGGUGAGUACAUGGACAUGUCCCAGAGCGGCGGCGGUGCUGUUCCCCGCAAGCACCUGAACGAGGGCUACUACCCACCGGCCACGCCCGAACCCCCCAAGUCCUACAGCCCUUACUUCUCCCUCCCGCGCUCUUACAAAGCCCCUCACCGGGAGAACCGCGAGCGUGACGAGUAUGUGCCCAUGAGCUCCCCGGUCAAGCCGGGCUACGUGGCAGCCGAGAGCGGCAGCGGAGGCCAGGCCGGCAACCCUCCCGCCCCCCAGGGGCACCCUGACGGGUGUGGUGACAGGCAAGUGGUGCGCCCCACCCGGCUCUCCCUGGGCCGGCACAGCUUCCACAGCUCCCCCACGGUGAGCGAGGCGGCCGAGCCCCCCUCCAGCCCCGGCGAGUACAUCAACAUCGAGUUCGGGGACCGGCCCGCCUACACGCCCUGCUCCCUGUCAGCUGAGGGCUCCCCCUCCUCGCUGGGCUCCAGCAGCGAGCACCGCCGCUCCCCCCUGCACGAGGACUACAUGAGCCUGGAUAUGGACAAAGGCCACCUGCCCAAGGGACACUCCCCGCGGCCCUCGCUCGUAGCCCCCUGGAACCCUCCCAGCUACAUCCGACCCCUGGCGUCAGGGGCCGCCCUGGGCAGCCGGACUGACGGCUACACUGAAAUGACCUUCGGCCGCGGUGUGGAGGCCAAGAGCCCCACCGCCAUGCUGCAGCACCUGUGCGUCAUGGAGCAGCACUACCCCCCCCAGGCCCCGCCCAGCCCCCCCGUGGAGCCCAGAGUGAUCCGGGCAGACCCUCAGGGCAGGCGGAGGCACAGCUCUGAGACCUUCUCCUCCUCCUCCCCUCCCGGCACCGGUGGCGGCAGCCCUGCCGCGCCCACCAGCCCCCACCCGGUGGACGGCGCCAAGUGGCAGAGCUCCGCCUCCUUCGACAGCGCCUGGCUGCACAUGGAGGGCGCGGCUGCCCCGGAUGACACCGCCGCCCUGCCCGUCCCCACCGACGUGGGCUGCGGCCCCGCCAUGCGGGCGUGCCGGAACGCCCCCGCCGGCUACCAGAACGGCCUCAACUACAUCGCCCUCGACCUGAGGGAGGACCCCCGUGCCAGCCGCUAUGCGCCGCCCGCCGUCACCCCCUCGCCCCCGUCUCCGCUCCCCCUCCCGGAGAACGGGGCGUACGCCAGCAUAGACUUCGCCAAAUCGGAAGGACUGACCGCUGCCUCUCAAGACUGAAGAUGGAGCGUCCCGAGACAGGAUGGUGGAGGGGGGGGGGUGUACAGCGAAUCCACACCCCUCAGCAGUGGGCUCACCAUGACACCUGACCCCAACACCACACCCCCCAAUCACAGAGGACGUCCAUCACAGAUGGGCCCAAUCAUCAUCACCCCCUCCACAGAAGCGAGGCGACUGCGCUUUUGUUUCGUAAAUUUCCACAGAGCAGCAGGUUGGCGCUGCAUUAAUUGUACGACUGGUACUUUUUGUUUCUCCAAAGUGAAUAUUUGAUUAGAGCUCUUCUGUGUGGCCUAGGUAAGGCUGUAUUUUCCUUUUUUGUUCUGUUACUUUUUUUUUUUCCCCCUCCCCUAACCAGCUCGAAGCAGAAAUCAACACUGAACUGAUACACAAGGCUGGCUGGGACAAGUCUGCAGUUUACAAGCAUUACUCUCACAUCUGACAUUACCAUAUUUAUUACCAUCCAGGUACAAUGGUUAGUUUAGAAUAUGCAUUACUCAAAGGUACGGUACUGAUUAUUACUAUUAUAGCGGUAAUUACGCUAUGAUUUGCCAGGUAUGGAGUUUUUCCCCUCCCCCCCCGUAGGGCAGUUCCGGUACGCACACACCCCUGCUGGCUGCGGCGACGCCCACCGCCAUUACCGCUACAGUUCCCGGUUGACAGGGGGAUGACGUGAAGGAGUUCCUGUAACCCUAUGCCAGGCCCCAGGUGCAACAUGCCGAACAUUCCUAUCGCGUCACACGGACAGAGCCAGGCCGUCCCUUACGCACACCAGUACCCCCCCCCCCACCCACCCUCCAAGUAAUACGCUUGACAAAUGAGGGAGGGUCUAUUCUUGGACUUCAGAUAUCCGCCCCAAAUCCAAAUGAAAUCUGUGCUGCAUGCGGGCAGUAGGCAGAUGAAGAGUUAAAAAAGAAGAGUUUGUACAGUAGUUCCCACCGAGAAAAUGUGGAAUAAACCUUAAGAAGUUUAUAUUUGACAAAUUUUAAUUCUCAUUUACUCCAUUUUUAUAAAAAAAAAAUUCUGAUUGGGAAUAAAUCUCAAAAAUGUUGGUUUUGUUUAAAAUUUUGAUUCCAUUUAAAAUCCUUGAAUCCACUGGCAUGACAAGAUAAAAUGUAUUUCAGAAUGGGAAACAUUAGCUCUUUCACAUGUCAGGGUUUUUAUGUUCGUGGACAUGGGGGGGGCACACCAAAGCGCACACAUGUGCAUUGAGUUUUCAGUGCAUUGAGUUCAGCAGCCCAACAAAGGUACAGAAUUUUAAAGGAAGGUUUUCUAAUACUUAUCACAUCGAACAUAUUCAAUGGAUAGAAUUUAGCCACCACUUAGAUCAACUUGGUUCCGUUAAUGUGAAAGAAAUGGGAAGUGAUGGCAAGCACAUAAAUGUUCUCAUGUCUGAAUUGUGUUGUCCCCAACAUAUGCUUUGUAGUCACAGUGGAGGAUAUUUUGUGUUUAAUCCAGUAUUUUCACACAGGUAGGGAAAAAAAACAUUUCAAUACUUCUGUUCAUUGACUUGAAUUUGGGUAAAAUCCCCCAUUUCUAUAAUACAAGGGUAUCAUUUAAGUGACUGUUAAAACACUACAGAGAAUAUGUAGAUAAUUUGUUGCUGUUGAGGCCAUAGUUAUGGUACGAAUAAAACUGCUCUCCUACAGUGGGAGUUUUUUCAACAUGCAUUAUAGUGGGGGGGUAUCUUGAAGCAUCACCUGACAAUACAUUUACAUUACUUGUAAUUUAUUGUUAUUAUUACGAUUGUUGUUAUUACUACCUGUACGAUUUGCUGCAAAAGCUUAGAAAAUCUAGUGCGAGAUUUUGAACUGGUACACAAAGUCACACAUUAGAUAACGACAUACUUUAAUGAACAUCCGUCUGCAAAUGUAAUUUUUCGCAUUGAGUCAGGCCGGAUGCUCUGUGGAAAUGCGCGCUCUAAUGUCCUAGCUGGAAGCAGAAAACGCCAAUGAUGAGGGGCAGUGAACCCACCAAGCGACUGGGAUGUGCCGAACUGGGUAUCGCACUGUUGGCAGUGUACGUGAAAAUCACAUCGUCAGCGCGUCUGUUUCAACACAUACCCUCACAUUUCCUCAAACCAAUUAAUUUCACGUCAGGUCAUUUGACAUUAUAUGUAUGACCUAUAUAUUCAAGGUACAUAAAGAAUAAAGAGACGUGGGGAGUGGGGGGCAACUGAUUUCUGACGACUGCUGUGCAAAAUCAAUUGGGUUUUUUCCAGUGUUUUAUACAAACGGUGCCAUGCUUUUAUUUUUUUUUCCUUCUGUAUAAGGCUGAAAGCAGUGCUUUUUAUGCAGUGUGUCCACACGGUACUGUUGUGCAUUUUGCUGUGUAAUCUUUGUCUGUCUUUUUUAUGGUUAACUUGCCGUAGAGACGUUCGCUAGGGAGGGAGGCGUUACUGUACGUCAUUUUUUAAAUCAACCGCUUGAAUGCAAGGGGUUUUGCCCGCGUGGUACACAUCAACCUGAACUGGGGUUUCUUUUUUAAAAUCCUCUUUCUUCGAAUUUGACUGAACCAAAUGUAGCCUAAACAAAGAACGAAGCUUUACGCUUGUAAGAAAUUUUAUUUUCGUAGUUCAGUGCUUGUGCACUUCGGCAUUGACAAUGACUACAGUAAAUUUUUUGGCACAGAAAGAUGACAGUGUUUAGACUAAUAGUUUACAGAGAACACCAUUUCCCCCCGCCUUUUAAAAGUGUUGCAUUGCAAACCGAGGUCUUGGGAAACAACAAAAGCGAAAAGCGAUA